AUGGCCGAGAUCGUUGCCGACCUGACCAUCGCUGUCAAUGCAGCCCUGUCCAAGCUCUCUCCCACCGAUGAUAUCCCGGACCCGGCGCGGCUCCAGCUCCUCGAGGCAUUGGACAAACUGCGUGGGGUCGUCGAGCCCCCUGUCCAGUCGCUUCUGAAUAUCUGCUGGGCGGCUCAUCCCCUGGUCGCCAUCCGAACUGCGAUUGGGAUGGGAAUCUUCGAUGCAUUUGCUGAUGCUGGAGGUACUGAGUUGACUCUCGACGACUUAAACGAAAAGACCAAGGGCGACAAGGACCUGCUAGGUAAGAGACCUUUCUGGUUCGAAAUAACUGUCCGGAUCAUGCGGCUCCUGAGCGCCAAUCGCCUCUUCACCGAAAUCGGAGUGGACAAAUAUCAGCCCCAGCCUUUAGCGCUGGGAUUCGCGGCCGGCGCUCCCAGUGAGGUGAUCAAAAACUUCCACAUGGUCUUGCGGGCCACAGCGUACACACACGAAUUCUUGGAAGCCAGAGGCUACCAGAGCCCAGAUGACGCCUACGACACCCCCUUCCAGCGGGCGUACGGCACCAAACUACACCACUUUGAGUGGCUGGCGCAGCACCCGGACGAGCAGCAUGCCUUCAACACGGUGAUGGAGACUGGGAACCGGACAGUGGAGGGUGAGCAGUGGUACGACUUCUACCCCUGGGAGGAGCGACUGGCUAGUGAGGCAGACCGCGUGCUCCUGGUUGACAUCGGCGGAGGCAAGGGUCACGACCUCGCGCGCUUCAAGGAGAAGAAGAAUCCCGCCGGCCGCCUGAUCUUGCAGGACCUGUCCGAGGUCAUCCAGGAUAUCCAAGCCCCACUCGCCCAGGGCAUCGAGGCCCAAGGCUACAGUAUGUUCGACCCGCAGCCUGUCCGAGGCGCCAAGGCCUACUAUAUGCGCACCGUGUUGCACGACUGGCCCGACAAGCAGGCCCUGCAAGCCCUGCAGCGCAUCCGGGAGGCGAUGGCCGACGAUUCGGUGCUGUUGAUCAACGAGAAUAGCGUGCCCGAGACCGGCGUUCCCCGCUUCAAUGCCAGCGUCGACCUCAUCAUGAUGACCAUGUUCUCCUCUCUGGAGCGCACAGAAAAGCAAUGGCUGAGUCUUCUGGAGCGCGCCCAAUUCCAGGUCAUCAAGGUAUGGCGGGCGGAUAACCAGGGGGUGGGAUCUAAUGCUUUGUUUGAGGCUGUUCCUGUUUAG